GAAUAAUAAUCUGUAUUGAUAUUUGCCUAUAGUCUGUGUUAUUCAAAGGCAGGCCAGCAAGUUCUGUGAUCUGUUCCGCCUUACGUGAAAGGGAUUUGACUCCAGACAACCGUUCAAUUAUCUUUCGGCGCUGGAGGUUCUUAGUACGGCAUAACGAUAUUAUUUUUUUUUUUUUUGCUGCUUUAUUUGCGUCUCCUACUGGGUACCGAACUAGUUCUGCAAGACGUCAAUUCUCGCUACCCCGGCUUGCUGUUUGGCUUGGCUUUUCCUCACGUCAAUCGUCUAUAUUGAGCCAACACGCGGCUUUGGAUCAAUUACGAUUGAUAUCCUUGUUAAACGUUUAUUUACUGAUCCUGGAUUGUCUGCAGAGCUGUUGGCCUUAUAAUUCACCAUGUUGCAUACUCUAGAUUUUGAUCAUGAAAUCUCCCUCCACAAUGGAUUCUUGCCAGACACCAUUCCUUUAAGGCAGCUCCCAGAGUAUUAUCUACCCUGGGAAGAUAUCGUCUCGGACCUCCCAACUCAUAUCCGCGAUGGAAGCAUAAGGGAAAAUGUCGAUAAGCUUCCCAUUCUUUCGGUGGAAAAUCUUCGGGAGGAAGAGGAGUGGAGGAGGGCCUACGUUGUGCUUGCAUUUCUCAUGCAUGCUUACAUUUGGGGAGGCAAGACGCCGAAAGAUGUAUUACCACCGGCUAUUGUACGCCCUAUCCUCGAAGUAUCAUCUCAUUUAGAAAUACCUCCCUGUGCCACGUAUGCUGCAGUCUGCCUUUGGAAUUUCACAGCAGCUUCCUCCUCCGAAGAGGUCGAUAUGACCGAUCCGGAUAAUAUCUCGACAGCCAUCUCUUUCACGGGGACAAAGGAUGAAGAAUGGUUUUUCGUGAUUUCAGUCUCGCUUGAAGCCAAGGGUGGACAAGUGACCAGAUUGAUGCACAAUGCCAUUGACGCCGCCAAUGCUAACAAUUCUUCGCUUUUUAUCGCUCUCCUCAACGAGUUUACCAAUGUCCUUCGAGACCUCGGUCGUACUCUAGAGAGAAUGAGCGAGAAAUGCUCACCACACGUGUUCUUCCAUCAGCUGCGGCCGUUUCUGGCGGGCAGCAAGAACAUGGCCGCUGCUGGGCUCCCCCAUGGCGUCUUCUACGACAAAGGCAAUGGCGAGGGCGAGUGGCGCCAAUACAGCGGCGGCAGCAAUGGACAGAGCUCGUUGAUUCAAGCGUUUGAUGCCUUCUUGGGUAUUGAACAUUCGGCAACCGGGGGGCUGAAGCCAAACAAGACAUCGGCUUCGUGCUCAUACUUGAAGGAUAUGCGUAAUUACAUGCCCGGUCCUCAUCGACGAUUCUUGGAGCAUCUGGGCAGACAAUGCAACAUCCGCGCGUACGCCAUGGAUCACAAAACGGACUCACCUGUACGAGACGCGUACAAUGCAGCCGUCAUGGCGCUGAGUUCGUUCCGGGAUAUCCAUCUCCGGCUGGUUUCACGGUAUAUCAUCCUUGCGGCAAGGAAGCAAGCAGACGCCACCGAGCAGCCUGGACAAGUUAACCUUGCGACAGCGACGUCUCGUGGAUCGAAAGAGAGCUUCAACGGGACGGGCGGUACGGAUUUGAUUCCGUUUUUGAAGGAGACUCGGGAUACCACUAAGGCAGCAGCACAGUAUGGGGAUUGAACUUGUCUAUUAUUCUCUGAGAUUUGUAUAUAUCAUGUUUGAAUAAUGACCUUUUGCUUAUAAUUGCAAGCACGUCUUCCGCACAUCCGGCCGGAAGCGGAAGCGGAGGUUUACUGUUGGUCUUAGCCCUAUCUGCAGCAGAUGGGGACGGAGACGGAGACGGAGACGGAUACAUGGUUAUGUUUUGGCAGAUGGGAUAAGAAGAUAGAGUCAAUCGGGUUCAAUUAUAUUGACUGCAUGUCAUAUUUGCA